UGUUGAGAGCUACUCAAAUGUCCAAAUGAGUUGCAAUUUACAGCGGACCUCACGCAACAAAUUAUCUACUACACAAUUUUUUUUGGAUUUUUUUGAAUUUUUCUAGUAUUUGUUUUGAAUUUUUUCUGAGCGGGAGCAUCUGAGCCUGGGCUCAGAUGCGCAUUUUCGAUACUAAAUGCCAUCAAUUGCAAAACAAAAUUAUGUGAAAUCCUGCAAGUUUUACUACCUAUUUUUGUUGUAUAGUUCUACUUGCUUGAAAAGAAGCAAUGCACAACAGUCACCACAAAGAACACAAUAUUGUGCGCACAAGCUAGACUAUAACUAUCUAAUUGAUUUGGUUUGCCAUCUGGGUAUUAUCUAAUUUAUUUGUACCAAAAUGAGUAAUUCUGAUGCACCUCUUCUUUCCUAAUAAUAGUUGCUUCUGACUAGCGACUGGUGGCACUGGAUGUGCUUGCUUCCUUUGUCGUGCAACUUAUUCGACUCAACCCUACCGUGUUACAGGCUUCUAUCCCCCUCCCUCUCUCUUGACCCCCUAUUAUUUUCCGGAUUGGAAGUGGCCUAAAGAAUAGGAAGGCACUUGGAACUAGCAUUUACACAUGUUUUCUCUCUCAGAUUUUGAAGGUCGAUUCUCUCCAUAAUCUUUAUCUCUGAUGAUAUUUCCUUUUCUGGGUAUUUUACUUUGUCAUGUGCAUUGUGACCUGGAGACCUUUAUGAUUACAUCUGCAACAUAGUGAUAGGGAGGUGUUGCAUAUGGUGACCUCCAGUCUAAUAUGUACAUCGAUCUCCUUUUACUUUAUCACAUGCUAACGUAUUGUCUGAAUCCCAUUGUCUGAACAAUGCCAUUUAUUUUAUCUCCUGCCAAAAUAAUGAGAUGAUCUAUAUUUAUGUCCCAUCUAUUUUAAUUAGAUAGUGUUAUCAGGGAUAUAUAGUUUUGAAAGUUCAAACUAGAUCUAUUCAUUAUUAUUAGUAAUUGAGCUGCUGAUUGUACAAUAUGCUUACGUGAGUUUUAGACUAAGUGCAUAGCAUUCCUCGCUGAUCUUUAGUGUUGUAACUAUAGCUCUAAUAUUCAUUGUUAGUCAAAUUACUUACUAUUGAAAUGUCGUGGUUCUCUAUAUAUGUCAUCUCUCAUUGGGUGUCUGAAUUUAGACUCCGGCUGUAGGGUUGUUUGUGUUGUGUGGUAUGAAUUGCCUUUGUACUUCAAAAUGCAUUUAUCGAGUGUCGAUUUUCUGAUAAAACGAUCUGUAUAUCUGCAUUAUAGUUGGAAUAUUCAUAUGUAUGGUUUCACGCUUCCAAGAAUAACAAACACUAUGCACCCAACUCUCUCUUUUGUGGCCACUAACCAUUCACUUUUUUUGUUCCUACAACCUGCAUUGGCGUAAUUUUGAUUUUAUAUUGCCUACUUCAAGCACCGAUAGACCACCACAUGUUUGAAUUAUUUGUUUCUCAGAGAUUAUUUCUCUGGAUUUCCAUUUUUAUUGAUCAGAAGGCAUGGGUGCAUGUAUCAACAAUUGCAGUGUUAAGUGGUCAUAACCACCCGCUUUUGUGCUCACAUUUUUCAAAAAUACUGCAAAGAUGCAUUUGAUUUUAAUUGUGCUAAAAACAACGAUUUGGUAUGGACUAAGUACAAAGUACCAAAUUGACGUUUUUCCCUUGGUUAUUUACUUACUGUACUGUGUCAGAUGGCAAUAAGUAGGUGAAUUGUAUGCUGGGGUGCAAAUUGUACUUCUAAGUAAGACCACAUGAACUGCUAAUGAGAUUAUCUAUGUAAUAAAAUCUUCUCUAAUCUAAGCUUCAAAGCUACAUGAACUACCUUAUUUUUUCAUUUGUUGGCUACACUAAAAAUAGGGUCAUGCUCUAACAGUGACACUUUCUAUUUGCAGUAGUACUGUUGAGCCAAUUGAUACUAGGUGUGCAUGAAUAUUUGCCUUGCCAGUAGGAUUUUAUUCGGACGUGGAUGGGUCCUGUCUUUUAUUCUGCUUGUUUUUCCUGUGUUCCUCAUCUUUCUGGAUGUGUCGCAGUUGGGACGAUGGCGUGCCGGAAGGGCUGUCUUGCGAGUUGACCGGAGAGGGAGUACACCGGAGAGGCUUCUGAGAUGGCUGAGUUUGUUCUUCGCUUCUCUCAUUGUCUUCUCCUUUGUGCUGUACAUGUGCUCAUCCAGGGAUUUGUUGUUCUUUAGGGAUCUGUCUAGGGUUUGCUGGUUGAUUUGUCCUGGCUGGGGUCUGCUUGUGCUCUUGGGCUGUGCUGCUCGAAGUUGCUUCGCUGGUUUCCUUGCAGGUGAUUCUUUCCUCUCGCCUGCCCUCUUCGGUGUUUUUUCUAGGUUGUUUAGAUUUGUAUUUCAAGUUCACAUAUACGGCAGCGCUCUCCCCUCCUCUUCUGUAGAAGGCACCCAAGCUUUUCUUUGCGCGAUGGCAUCAGGCACACGGAGGGAGCUCUUCUCCAUCGGUGCGAUGAACAAUGACCGUGAUCUCCGUUCCACACCAUCACCAGCUAGCAAGAUGAAGCAUUCUGCCACGGUUAGGCCGAAGGCUAUGCUUAGUGUCGUUCUUGCUGAAGAUGAUUUACCCGAGGUGAAGUACAAGACAUGCGCAUCUUACCGUGGCCUUGUGGCGGCUACUGCUAUCUUCUGGCCAUCACAGUUGCGUUCGUCCGCAGCGGCAGAGCAUAUGAGGAUCAAUGGCGACCCAGCUGUGGAUGCCAAUGGGCCAUGCAAAAUGCUGCUCCUCGGUGCUUGGAGCAUCUUCAGGCCACCAUGGAUAUUGAAUUUGACCGCCCUCUAAUGCAGAAAAUCUAGACCGAGAUGAAGUACCUGUCGGGCAGUGUCGACGAGAAGGACAGGAAGAUCAGAAUCUGAAGGCUAAGGUGGAAAAAAGGAAUUUGCGGGUCAAGGGGCUUACUAAGGGCUGGGGUCACUGGCAGAUACCUGCUCGGAUCUGCAUAUGAUCAAGCUUUGCUUCCUACUGGUUCUUCGGUAGUUCAUUUUUUAUCAUUGCUGAAAAUGCAUUCCAU